AUGGGAGACGCUGAAGACGGCAAAAGCCCUCUGCGGAUGGCAAUCAUUGGUGGAGGUAUCGGCGGACUAAGUCUUCUAUUAGGGAUCUUGAGACAUUGUGAUCGACGCGUUCUCGAACCACAUCUAUUCGAAGCCGCCCAUGCCUUCUCCGAGAUUGGCGCCGGUGUUGGCUUUCUCCCCAACGCGGUGCGAGCCAUGCACGCGAUCGAUCCCAGAAUCUACGACUCCUACAGCCGAAUCGCGGAUAAAGCACCCUCAGUUACUGUCAACGGUCGAGAGAUGUCGGUAUUUGCCAAUGUUUAUAUGGGCAUGGACGGAAGAGGAGGAGCCAACACGGACAAGGCCUUUGAAGGAAUAUGUACCAUCCACAAUGAGAACAAAUUCCGCAAUGUCCAUCGGGCAGUAUUCUUGGACGCCAUGGUGAACCUCCUGCCUGGUGGGUUCCGAGGUGGCCUGGUCAAUUUCAACAAAAGAUGUGUGGAUGUACAGGACGAUGGGAAACGUGUCAAGGUUCUUUUCGCGGAUGGUACCUCGGAAAUGUUCGAUGCCGUCGUUGGUUGCGACGGCGUCAAAUCACAGGUGCGGAAUAUCCUUCACGGCGAACAGGAAAAAUACGAACCACAAUUUACAGGCAAAUAUGCCUAUCGAGGACUCAUACCCAUCGAUGAUGCCAUCAGUGUCCUGGGGAAAGAGGUGGCAAUGACCCAGGCUUUGAUUUUUGGCUACGGCGGCCAUCUGGUCACAUUCCCUAUUGACCAGGGCAAGACGCUCAACGUUGUCGCCUUUCGAGAUGCGCCGAAAUGGAAUCAUGGCAACAACUGGGUCGUUCCCGUCACCGUUGAAGACGUCCUCGAAGAUUUCAAGGGCUGGAGUAAGCCCGUGAUCAAGCUGCUAUCCUUGUUGAAAAAGCCUGAUAAAUGGGGUCUCUUCGACCUGCCUCCUGCAGCGUCCUUUGUCAGAGGAGGCAAAAUCUGUCUUCUGGGUGACUGCGCUCACGCUUCCACUCCACACCUCGGUGCAGGGGCGGGUAUGGCCAUAGAGGAUGCUGCUGUCCUCAGCCGACUUCUCGGAGAAAUGCAUACGCCUGAAACAGUUCACCUUGCGAGAGCUUUUGCAGCGUACGAUUCGAUGCGGAGAGAGCGAGACCAACGACUUGUCGUCGCGAGCAGGAAUGCCGGCAUGCUUUACGAAUUUGAAACGCCUGGAGUUGAAGAUGAUCUGGAGCGAAUCCGACGUAUUUUGGACAGUCAAUGGGAUUGGAUUUGGAAUUUGGACAUUUGGGUUCAUUGCGAAGAGGCAAUCAAACUAAUGCACUGCCCAGAAAAACUAGAUAAUUCUUCCUAA